AUGACAGAAGCUGAGGAAGAAAUUCAUCAAAAAAUUGAGCGACUUUGUCUUCAAGCAACGGAAGCCAUCGCAGCCAACAAUCUAAAAUCUGCUUUUGAUUUUGUAACACAAGCAAAACAAACAUUACCUUCGAAUUCUUGGUCGAAUGAAUCCUUCUAUGAACAAGCUCUCAGCGUGAAUUUACUGUAUGCUGAGUGCGAGUAUGUGUCCGGAAAUCAUUCAUCAGCAGUGGAAGUGUAUCAGAAUAUAUUGCCGAAUAUUGUAGAUUCAGUGGAUCGACUGAAAGUCCGAUUUCUUCUUCUCAAAUCAGCAUCUGCAUCAUCAAAAUAUGAAACAAUGUACGAUGAAUUUGUGGACCUUUUGGCGUCAAACCCAUCCACUCAUUGUCUUGUCGCUAAUGGUGAUUCUUUCACAGAGAAGUGGAUUGAAUCUGCAACAAAUCAAAUCAAAGAUGUCCUUCAAAACUUUGCUGAUAUGAGCGAAAUUUUGGAAAUGAAAGAAUGUGCAGAUGAAGAGGCAAUUGCAUUUGCAAGAUGUAUUCUCGAAUGCGUACAAGGAGUAUAUAUCGGAAAGAAUUCAAACAAAAUCUUUCUGUUUGUAACUCCCUUACUCUUAUUUAAAACCAUGAUAGAAGAUGGCCUCUAUGCCGAUCUCACACACACGAUUCUCGUUUCUUUAGGAUGGCAGUUGGCAUAUUUGGAUGAACCCAAGCUUGGAUGUGACUUGGCUCAAGUGGGUAUAAAAUUAGCACUUGAGAACCACUCGACAGAACCAAAUUAUGCCCUCACUAAAUUCUAUGAAAUUUGUAUUACUGCGUGUAAAGAUGGCCUGCAGGAGGUAUUUCGAAUUUCAGAAGAGGCUUUUCGAGCAUCCGAACAAAUUGAGGAAAUUUCUUGGGGAGCACAGAGCGGAACAUGGUUAGCCCUUUCUUGUAUUUUACUUGGUUUGGAUAGAGAUACAACUUUUAACUAUUUGGAAGAGAUCAAAACUUUCAAUAGAAAGUAUUCAAAAGAAUUUGAGAGUGAUUUGGUCACAUGUCUAGAGCACAUUCCACAUAUUUUAUAUGGAGAAGUGGAAUCAUUUUCUCCUUCUUUCUUACUCGAAGGAAUUGAAGAAACCACUUAUUCAAGACUGAUCAUUUACUUUACAAAGGCCUUAAUACAUUUUGUCAAAGAUGAACUACAAGAGGCAGCAGAGCAAAUUCAUGAAGCUGAUGAUGUCAUUGAUGAUGCAUUUGGCACGCCGUUUUAUUUACUUUACAAAUGGUUUUCAGUAGUCAUAUUAACAUCAUUUUACGAAAAAUACGAUGAUAUUUCAGCAACAAAAGGCAAUCAAAAGAAAUCAAAACUCUCCAUCAUGGAAGUCAUGCUUGGUCCAAAUGCUAAAGCACCAAAAACAAUGAAAGAAAAAACAUUGGAGAGAAUUUUUGAGCAUGAAAAGGAUGUUGUAGAUCUGUAUACCAAGUAUCCGAUUUUCAUGGAGGCUGCCAUGGGGUUGACCUCAGCCGAGAUUGCAAAGUUAAAUGGAGUUGAUUCACUUCAAGUCAUUCAGCUGUAUACAUCAGCCUCUGAAAUUGCUCAACGUCAAAAUCUUUACUUUUAUACUGCUCUUAUUCAAACAAGACUCGUCGAUUUUUGUUUAACGCACCAGACGGAUUCUAGGAUUUUACGAAACUAUUUUGAGGAUGCCCUUAAAUCAUGGAAUUAUUGUGGCGCUAGUUUGAUGGUACACAAGCUUUCAGAACAAUAUCAUCAUGUAUUUUCGCAACAACACUCAGACAAUGCUCACUCAUUACAUCCUCAAGAUUCUUUUAUGAAUUUCAUACCACCUGGUUCGAUAGAGUUGUCCAAAGUGUUUUCCCAUCAAACCACUCAUUUACUCGACUUUACCAAUGCCGAUAGAGUAUGCGUCAUUUUAAAGGAGCCCAACUCGUCAGACUUUAAGCUAGUAUGUGAAAAAGAACGAAACAACGAGACUGAGAUUUUCGAGGAUUUAUUGCUUACGGAUGCAAGUUUUAAACUUUGUGUCACAGCAGCCAAACUUGCCAUCAAAUCACGAAAUGCACUCACAAUAUCCAAUAUGCAAGGAUAUGAGCUUACAUUGAAUCAGUUAGCAUCUUCAUGCGAGUAUCUACAACAAAACGAGGUUGUGAAAGAGCUUAUGGUUAUUCCUCUUAGUUGUGACACGUUUGUGCGAGGUGCCAUAAUGCUAGAGGCCUCCACUGGAGGAACGUUCACAAAAGCCUUAACACGAAGUACCAAAUUGAUGUUAGACAUGCUCAUGGAUGGCUUGUCAAAACAGGCAGAUCAACUUAAAUCGUUGUUUAAAUUCAUUCCGACAAACAGCUUAACUCAAAUAGGAAAAGAUUUUAGAUCGCUUGAACUUGGAGAUUCAUCUGUGAAACGUUCUACAGUGAUUUGUCUGGAAGUACGAAAUUUUGCUGACCUCACAGAAUCAUUAUCGGUGGCUGAAAGUUUAUCAUUUAUUAAUUCAUUCAUUGGAGAGCUCACACCUGUUGUGGAGAAUCAUGGAGGAUUCGUGGAACGAUCCCAUCACGGCAAACAUGUCCUCGUUUUUCCAGAUUCUCCGAAAAAAGCGCUACUAGCUGUCCUUGAGAUUGUCAAGGUCAUUCGCCAAUUCAAUAAGGACUUUUCUGUGGGAAACGGAAGGAAAGUACCAAUAUCUGUUGGAAUAGGAAUUCAUAUAGGAUCUUGUGUGUUUGGACUUGUUGGAACAGCACUCAGGUUUGGUACCACCCUAUUUUCUGAGGCUGUUUCUAAGUGCUCUCACAUUUCUAAAGUUUCAAACACACUUGGUAUCCUCGUGUGUGCCACAAAGGACUUGGUCGAUGCUUGCAAUUUGGCAGAAGUUCAUCUUCAAUCACGAAAACUAGGAAAGUUUUUAUUGAAAAAUAAGAAAAACAAUCCUGUAUCACUGUACGAGCUGUAUACCACAGACUGGAUCGAAUACAGCUCAGAAACCUCAAAGCAAGUGAUGAAACAACUUGAUGAAUGUGUGGAUUUGUUUGCCAAGAAAAACUUUGAUAAGGUGAUAUCUAUCACACAAUCUUUGGAAAAAACUGUUAAGGACAAAUUUGACAGCUCUCAACCAUUCAUUCUAGGAAGUGUCCCACAUAUCAAACUCCUUCAAAUCUAUAGAGACCAAUGUGCAAUGUUAAAAACAAAACAUUCGUCUCCGUCUCGCGAUUGGGCAGGAGAAAUUGCUUUGGAUCAUAGUGGUCAACCUAAAAUAGAACUCGAGCAUGCAACAGUAUCCACUCCAAAGACAAAUGAGAUAAAUGAAGAAUACGAAAGGAAAUUACGAAGCUUACAAAGUCAGCUGGAGCAAGUCAAGAUGGAAAAUGAGAAUUUACGGUCGAACAUGAACUCUGAAUCGGGUAUGGGAUGUUUUUGUGUUCCAAGCAAAAAGAAGGUACACCCUUCAACAGCAAAAGACCAAGAAUAA